GAUAGGGAUAGGGCAGAGAACCGAAGCUACAGAGCGGAGGUGACAGCGGAGAAUGGAGAGGAGCGCGUCAGCCCGGCGAGCUUUGACGGCGGCGAACGCGCAGAUCCCACUCGGUGUUUCCCUUCUGGAGCCCGCGAGCUGAACGAACCCGGGAGGAAUGGCUGAUCCUCUGCGGAGGACUUUACUAGCGAAACUCCGGGGGAGGAAAUCCAAGAAAGGAGCGACGCUCGGCGGUGGAUACGGAUCUGCUGCUGCGGCGGCUGCGGCGGACGGGAGCCGAGAAGGUAAAGAAAAAGUUUUGCGGGCAGACUCCGGUGACGCUCCGGUUGUGUCGCUCACCGCGGAAAGAAUGAGCGCGUACGAGAAUUGUGUUGACGGGGCCACGGGGCUCCCGGGGCGGGUUGGGGUGCUUGGGGAGAGUCGCGCAGCCGAGUUGUCCGGCGCGCGUCCCCCGGAGCAGAGCAGCGGGGGCAGGGGUCGGGUUAACGAGCAGCUCCCUGGGGUCGAGGGUCGUGUGUCCGGGGAGGCGGAAGAGGGCCACCGGGGGCUGAGACCGGCCGGGGAAACCGCGGGCUCGCCGGCGGGGGUCCAGAGAAAGCGCUUCGUGUCGGUGCCUCGGCAGCGCAGCGUCGGGGACUCAAUCGGGUUUGGGGACAAUUCAAACCGCGUUAUGCGGCGGGUUGAGCCGCAGACCGGGGCCGGGGAAGCUCCUCCAGAGAGCCGGGUCGCUGCCGCUGCUGGUGCCGGGAUGGAGCCCGGGGACGGAGCCGAGUCCCGGCACAUGGCAGCGGCCGCGGCGGCCCUGCACGGACACAACGCCAACUGGAGCUCUGACAACAACCCGACUCCGGAGGCACGUUACGCGGAACUCGUGGAUCCAAACUGCGUGCCACGGAACACGGAGGAAAACAUUUUAAUCAGAAAUAUCGAGAGCUACGGGCCAGAGUUCGCAGGGGACGUUAGGGGGACCGUGGGGGGGCUGCUGAGCCCCACGUUUUUCCCCACAGAGUUAGAGAUAUGCGACAUCAACAGGGCAUCUCCGUGCGCCACGCAGGCCUCGCUCAGAUACCCCGGGGACAGCGAGGACGAGGAUUACUAUGACAAUGAAAUUCUGCCUUUUUAUGAAACUAUCAGAGUGAACAGUGAUCGAUGCGAGGCUGCAGACCUGCCCCCGUCGGGUCGGGACAGAGGCGGCAGUGCUCAGGAGACGGACAGGCUGAGGAACCAGCUGCAGGAAGCUUACUACCUUCUCAUCAACGCUAUGAAUGACAUCAACCUGGACGUGCAGCAGGUCGGUGGUGGUUCGACCGAGCAGCAGGCCACCUCCUCCUGCAGCAGCCACUCCAGAGACAGUCUGUGCUCCAGGCUGUCGGCCAAGAACAUGGACAGUGACUCCUGGUCCUCGGGAGGAGACCACAGUCCACAGCAGGUGUCUGACACCGACUCGGUCCUGCUGUGCAUCAGUGGGAACCCCGAGUCAGGCCUCAGAAGCAGGCUGAACAGUAAGAGCAUGGUGAACCUGACACAUACCGAGAUGAGACCAAUGUUACUGCGCUCGGCUAGUGACGGGGCCAUCAGGUACCCAGGUGGCGUCUCGGUAUGUGUCAGGGCCCCUGGAACCCAGAACCCAGGUAUCUGCUCUGAUAAAGAGGCCACAGAAGCUAGAGAGGAGGUCGGAGAUGUGGCCGAGCUGUCGGACAGCAACGCCAUCAGCAGCGAUGAGCUCCUGCAAGAGCCUGGUGGCGAGGAGGACCACGGUAGGCCCCUCAAUGAGAGCAGCGGCUCGGUCAACAGCCUCACGGGAUCCUCGGACAGCAACGCAGAGGCUUCCACACAUCAGAGUCACAACAAGCAGGAGCUGAGUGGAGCCCACGCUCAGGGGCCCAACGCUCUCAACAAGGGCCACGGGGUCACCGUCAACAAGAUGCAGGAGUGGAUGCACAAAGGCCGCUUGCUGUCUUCAGAGAUGAAGCAGCGUAUAGAGGGCUCGUCUUUGCCUCGUGGUGGAGGCCACAGCCAAGAGCGCCCCUGUCCCCAGGCUAACCCUGGUGGCUCCAAACCUGGGGUCCAGACAUCCGGCCGAGAGGUCAAGUCUGGGAAGGCUAAAUCCCCGAUGGUCAAGGCACCUCGACAGCAGCAGCAGCAGCCAGCUUUCAUUGAGAAUGUCCAAACCCCCUUCGCUAACGGCCGCGAGGUGGCCAGAGCGGCCGAGCCCUCGUCCCGGAGGCCGCCGCUCACCACCAUCACGGUCUCCAAGAAGCGCAACUGGCUGCAGCAGAGCUCCCACGGGAAGAGUCACUGCCUCAAGGACGAGCUGCAGGGAAUGCUGGGAGCUGAGGAGGAGGGCUCCCAUCAGCCUCCUCCCAGUCCCUCCCCAGACCACCUGAGACCCUCUGGGGGAGCCCCGCCGCGGCCGGUCCGCCUACAGCUGCCUCAGGUCAUCGUCGGUCAGGCCAAGGUGUCUCCUUUCCCUCGGAGCGUGGACCCUGCCGAGGAGAACGACGCAGACGACGAGGGGGAGAUCUGGUACAACCCGAUCCCCGAGGACGACGACGCGGACUCGGCUAACCGCCCCUCCGUGCGGCUGCUGGUGCCCCCCCGGACGGAGCUCGAGCGGAGGCCCAGCCGGGCCGGGGACGUGAGUCACGGAGGCAGCGGCGUGCCAGAGGUUCUCGUUGAAGGCGUCGGUGGCGGCUCGGGAGACGGGAGUCAGGGCAGUGCUGUACAUUCCACAGAGGCACCACAUCUGCACAGACAGAUGCUCGCGUGCAAACCUCAGGAGGAGGGGGGGCCUUCCAGCAGCAGAGUCACAGAUGGAACCGAGCUGCCCAACGCCGUCGGCUUCUCGCCUCCCUCCAGCCCCAACCCGACCAAGAAGAGCAGCUCCAUCAACUGGUCCUUCCCAGACAAGAUCAAGUCCCCACGCACCGUCAGGAAGAUCUCCAUGAGGAUGAAGAAGCUCCCGGAGCUGAGCCGCAAACUCAGUGUCAAGGGGACAUCGAGCGGCAGCAACAACGGCAGCAGUCAGCCGGAGCCUCGUGCCCAUUCUCCCAGAAACAACUCAGAGACUGUCUCCCAAACCUCAGGCCCUCCUCGGUUGACGGCGUCUGGCGGUGGGCAGGCGAGCCGGAACGUGAUUUCGCGCUACCACCUGGACAGCAGUGUGUCCAUGCAGCACAGCUUCAGCAAGAAGAAAAGCAACGGCAGCUCGAAGUCCGCCAGCAAAGGUGGCUACCUCAGUGAUGGGGACUCACCGGAGCUGGUGGCCAAAUCUGGGAAGCACGGCGCCUCGGAGGGGAAGGCGGGGAAAGGCAAGGAGGUGGAAGCAGGGGGGAGCUCGAAACUCAACGGCACCGAGCUGGACAUCGAUGCUUUCCGCCAUUACAGCUUCACUGAGCAGCCCAAGUGCAGCCAGUACAUCUCUGGACUCAUGAGUCUGCACUUUUACGGUGCCGAGGACCUCAAACCUCCGCGAAUCGACUCUCGAGACGUCUACUGCGCCAUCCAAGUGGACUCGGUCAACAAGGCCCGAACCGCUCUCCUCACAUGUCGCACCUCCUUCCUGGACAUGGACCACACGUUCAACAUCGAGCUGGAGAACGCCCAGCACCUGAAGCUGGUGGUGUUCAGCUGGGAGCCCACGCCGAGACGGAACCGCGUCUGCUGCCACGGCACGGUGGUGCUGCCCGCGCUCUUCCGGGUGACGCGGUCCCACCAGCUGGCGGUGAAGCUGGAGCCGCGGGGGCUGAUCUACGUCAAGCUGAGCCUGAUGGAGCAUUGGCAGAACUCGCUGGACGGCCGGCUGGGUGGAGACAGGGAGCCCAAGGUGUUCGGAGUGGAGGUGUGGCGGGUGGUGGAGAGGGAGAACACGGGACUGAUGGUGCCGCUGCUCAUAAGCAAGUGCAUCAACGAGAUAGAGAAGAGAGGCUGCCAGGUGGUGGGCCUCUACCGUCUGUGUGGAUCUGCGGCGGUGAAGAAGGAGCUCCGGGAGGCGUUCGAGAGGGACAGCUACGCCAUGGAGCUGUGUGAGAACACGUAUCCCGACAUCAACGUCAUCACAGGCGUUCUGAAGGACUACCUGCGAGAGCUCCCCUACCCUCUGAUCACCAAGCUGCUGUACGAGGCCGUGUUAGAGGCCAUGGCCACGAGGCCGCUGCGCAUCGGGCCGGGCGGCUGCGAGAACGACCAGGCCGACUCGGAGCACACCGUCAGCCUGCUGGAGAACCUGCCGGAGGUGGAGAGGGUGACCCUGCGGAAGCUUCUCAACCACCUGAAGCUGGUGGCGUCGCACCAGGACGUGAACAAGAUGACGUGUCAGAACCUGGCGGUGUGUUUCGGCCCGGUGCUGCUCAGCCAGCGACAGGAGGCGUCGUGCCACACCAACCGAGUGUUCAUCGACUCCGAGGAGCUGGCGAGCGCUCUGCACUUCAAGAAGCACAUCGAGGUCCUGCACUACCUCCUGCAGCUGUGGCCAGUUGUUGACCCACAUGGCGAGUCCUCCUUUCAGCCCCUGGCGUCAUCAGACCGACUCUCUGCUCCUCCUCUGCGGCGGAGGAAAGAGCGCCCCCAGGUCCUGAACCUCUCUGAGGCGGAGAUGGCGGGUGUUCUUCGGCCCAGACCGGGGCGUCUGGACAGCCCGAGCAACCGCUAUGCCGGUGACUGGAGCCGCUGCGGCGAGAGCUACUUCCCCUCUGAAAUGCUGCUGCCUCCCAGCAAAGAGGAGGCAGACUAUGAUGAUGUGCCCUCCGAGGAUACAGAGGCAGCUGAGGAGGAGCAGGAGGAGGAGCAGGAGAAGCCUGAGGAUGAAGAGGAAGAUAAAGAACAGAAGGUCGCACGCCCUGCAAGCGAUCCAGCUGAGCAGGAGCCACCUCCUUCAGAGGAUGUGGUGAAAGUGGUUGAAGAGGUGAACGAGGAGGGGGAGGAGGAGGCGGAGGUGGUGGAGGAGGAGAAGCACGUAGAGAGCGAUAGUUCAGGCAACGGACAGCCGCUAGAAGACGAGGAGGAGGAAGAGGAGGUGAGGGUGUGCGACCACAUCCUGCCCCCUCGGCUGCCCAGAGAGCACACGUACCAGGCCUACAUGAAGAUCCAGGACAUCAGCCCUGUGCUGAGCAACAGGGUCAACCUGAAGGACCUGCAGGAGAGCAUCGACACGCUGAUCGGAAACCUGGAGAGGGAGCUCAACAAGAACAAGCUCAACGUCGGAUAUUGACUCACACACACACACACACUCUGCCUGACGAGUUCGAGGAAGACCUUCUUUACCAUCAAGGUGCUUCAGGAUAACUCCACACUGCAGUGCUGCUGUAAAAACCCUAAAGGAUGAGAUGAGAGGAAACAGGACAGGGCUCUUCUGGCAUUUGUACCCAUAGACAUUCCUCAUGUUUGUUUUCCUCUGAUUUUGUCGACUGUCUCACUUUGGGUUGUCAUCGCAUUGUGUCAGUCCCGUUGUGUGUUCCAUGUUGUUAUUGUUGCUUCUCUUCUUAUUAGAAGAACCCAUUGACCCCUCAGGGGUUUAAAAGGUGCCUUAAUUGUGCGAAGGUGUUACGUGGAAUUGAAAGUCCACCCUGGAAUAAAACGCAUCCCCUCCUCUGAUACAGGACGUGAAGAGCUUUUACUUUGAACAUGCAGGUAGAAAUACAGUCUAGAUACAAUGGGGCUCUGCUCAUUCAAUGAUGAACACUAACUCAUCCCAGUGCUCCCAGUUUCCAAGAUUCUUGGCAGAGUCUGAAGCAGCAUUUGGACAUCGGACACUUCAAUAUGAAUUCACUCGCUGGAAAUCUCUGGGAGACAUUUGGCCUUUCCAUUAAGAAUUCCAACAAAAUCUGUAAUGAAGUAAUUUAAUCAAUUCAGAAUCUGUGCAAGGCCCUUGUGUUAUUUCUGGAAGCAGAGAGAAGGAAUAUCUUCUCAUAUUUUUAUUGAACCUCACUGUUAUUGACCGGAGAAUUCAUCUCUCUGCUGAAAGGAAAAACAACAGGAUUCCUGGAAGUUUCAAGCUUCUAGUUUCAUCCAGUUUAUAUCUUUUAAUUUGACCAUUUAUUCAAUGAGACACUCCAGGAAUAAAAAUAUGUCUUUUAAUGAGUAAACAUAACUUCAUGUGUAAAGUCAGAGUAUCGCAGGAGGAGCUUGUGUCCGUUCUAUUUCAGGGUGAAUUUCUUAUUUUUUAAGGCAGCAGAGAGCUUUUCUAUUGAGGUAUGAAACACUAAAUGUUGUACAACAAUAAUGCACUUAUGAGUUAGGCAGUAACGUAGAUCGUCAUUAUAGAUCAUGCAGUAAAAUAUAUUCUGGCUGUGGACUGAAUGGAGAGAAACAGCUGUGACUGAAACCUCCUCCUAAACAAGAAUAUGGAGGAAAAUGGGUUGAAACGUUUUUUACUUUGUGCAAGUUUUCAAUGUUUCAACACUCCGACAUUUAGAUAAACACUUUUCAGAGUUGGGUACGAGAUUAGCUUGCAGCUAACACUGUCACAUUCAUCAGAAAAUACGCUCAAGCCGAAUAAAUACAACUAAAAGAAAUAUAAUAUUUCCUCUUUAUUAUUUGAAAUAGCCCAGAAAACAUUGCGACAUCAACACUUAAGACUGGGUAAUUUUACAACUAGCGCUUAACGUUGUGUAGGUCAUUUGAAGCUAGCUUGCCAGCUCCACGAGAGUUGUAUUGAUCUUAUUUAAGAAAUUCAUGAAACGUCUUCUCACAGAAGGCAUAGGAAACUAUUCCUCUAAAAAGCUUUUUGCUUAUUCUAGCUUUUGGCGAAUCCGUGAAACAGAAACAGCUCAAAUGUGAAGCACAAUUUUUCCGCGCGGCGGUAGAAGCCGUUAGCGACGGGGCUCAGUUGGUACGACUUUAAGCUAGCUGCCUAAAUCGACUAAGGUUUGUUCUCAGCAAUCCAGGGAUUCAGAAUGAUCAGUAUUUAACCUAUAUGUAUAUGUAUAUAAUUAUAUAAAUGUCUUCGGAGUAUAUUAUUUUUACAGCUUCUGUUUCGAUUGCAUAUUUAAAUACUUCCGAUGACCUCGUAGUGUUGUAGCGAUAGUCGCUUUCCUCCCUUCGAGCUACCUGUACACAUCUCAAUGUGCUGGACUUAUGGUACAACUUUAGCUGUAAAAUAUAUGAUAAAAUCGUGCCCUUGCAGAAAAAGUGACAUUGUUAUUUUUGUUAUAUUGUGUAUACAUGUAUAUUUGACAUUGUGUCUCUGGUGGACUAAGCUGUGUUCAUGUUGUUGUUUUAUUAAAGGUACUGAAAGUUGCAUGGUCAAAAGCUUUACUGACAUAAACAAGGCUCCCUCUCAUCUGCCUUUGUAUUUGAUAUUUAUGUGUAAAAAGACUAUUUUGUAAUGUAUGCUCGUUUGUUCGUCUCCCUGUUUCUCAGAUUGAACAUUUCCUCGGUCCAGCUUUCUCUCCAGAGGAUUAAAGACAGACAUAGACUCGGUUAACUCUCCGAUUCUUUUCUUGAUAGAAUUUAGUCUGUGAAAUGUCUGAAAAUUGUGAAAACGCACAACUUUGAUUGUUGGUUUUGUCAAAAACAUUCAGUUUCCCCAUCACAUAUGAUAAAGAAACAGACAAUCUCAACUUAAGUAAAAUAUUCCUAUUCAGUCCCAACUCAUCGCUACUCAAAACCUAUUCAUUCCAAAUCAUCCCUAGGUGUAAAAAUAAGAGACAUGAUUGAUAGUAAGUGAAUUUGUUGUUCAGGUGGAUGUUUGUUUCUGUGUUUACAACAUGGUGUCUGUUCCCGCAGCUCUGCGGUCAACAUGUGGCUGCUGUGUGGUGAAAGUGAGUUUCAGCAGGGAUCCCUUCAAACCAUCUGUCCACUCACACAGCACAAAACAACCAGGGCCUCACUUUAUACGAUAAUUUGAUUUCCAGAUCUAAAAAGCUGCUUAUGUAAAAGAUUCUGAAGACGUUUAUGACUUUUUUAAAUUCUUACUAAAUUAAUAAAUUCUAACAAAUAUCAAAACCUUUAUAAUAGAGGUCUAAACUCAGCAUGAAGCCUGUUUUAGGCGGCACAGUCCUACAUCCUGCAUGGAGCCACAAUCUGUCACAUGUAAGAGCAACAACCAGUUUCAUUAUCAAGGAGUUCAACGACUUCAUCAAACACCUGCAUUCGUUUUAAUGUUACUUCGACCGGUCUUGUCCUCUUUGUCCUCUGGAAAUACCACGUGGAAAGCAUCGCUUAACAAAACAGAAACAUCGCUUUGUGUUGAUCCUGAGAAAUGUAUGGUCAUAAUAAAGUAUAUUAUUUUACAUCU